GAGGAGGGAGGAGGAGCAGGAGUUUGGAUACCUCCUCUGUCGAGCUGAGCUGCUGAUUUUCCCUCGGUUCUCCCACAAGUUGUCGGACCAAGUUUGAGACGAGAAGUGUUGGAAUAUCUGAAGCAGUGAUGGAGCUGUCGUUUGUCCGAUUCUGCUGUGUCCUGUUGAGUUUUAUCGCAGGUUUGGUCGCAGGUCUAGAGAUAACGUCCACAGGGUCGACAUCCAUAGAGAAGGCCAGUGGUGAGAGCGUGAAGCUGGACUGUCAGUUUACUCUGGCCCCUCAGGACUCUGGACCGCUGGACAUUGAAUGGAGUUUACUUUCUUCCGACAACCGGAACGAGGACAAAGUGGUGAUCUUAUACUCGGGUGACAGGGCGUAUGAGAACUACUAUGAUCCAAUGAAAGGCCGAGUGCACUUCAAUGCAGCUGACCCAAAAAACGGUGAUGCCUCCAUCGUCCUGACAGGGCUGAGAUCUGCAGACUCUGGUACUUACCAAUGUAAGGUGAAGAAGGCUCCCGGUAUCCGCAGCAGGAAGAUGCUGCUAAUCGUCAUGGUGAAGCCAACCAAGCCCAGGUGCUACAUAGAAGGCCUCACACACGAAGGCAAGGACAUUACACUAAAGUGCAUAUCUAAGGAGGGCACCAACCCCCUACGGUACAACUGGGAUAGGAUCACUGGCAGCAAUAUCCUGCCCGCCUCCACUUUUGAAGAUCCUGUGACAGGUACCCUUAAUGUGAAGAAUGCAUCCGCCAGUGCGUCAGGCACCUACCGCUGCACUGCCCGCAAUCGCGUUGGCACUGACGAUUGUACUCUACAGCUCAAAGUAGCACCUCCUCCCAAUACUGCAGGCAUCAUUGCAGGAUCCAUAAUUGGUGUUCUCCUGUUCCUCCUUAUUAUUGCCAUCAUCCUCUUCUGCUGUUGCCGCGCUCGUCACAGGAAGAAGUACGAGAAGGAGAUCUGCAACGAGAUAAGAGAGGAUGUGCCUCCUCCAAAGAGCCGCGUUUCAACAGCACGCAGCUUCACAGUGGGCAGCCAGCGCUCCUCCCUGGGCUCCAUGUCGCCCUCUAACCUGCACGAGUAUGCGCUGAAGCCUCAGUAUGACAAGAUUCCGUCGUCGGAAGAGUUUGAGAGGCCACCAAGCCACGCCCCUCUGCCCCCGCCCUCUGGAGCCCGGAUGGCUGUCCCCAACCUCAGUCGCAUGGGAGCCAUCCCCGUCAUGAUCCCUGCUCAGAACAGGGACGGUUCAAUCGUCUAGCGUGUCCUGUUUUUUUGCAAAGGGCUCGUGUAACAAGGGGAGGGAACAGAGGAAGGGAAAAAGGACACAAGCCACUGGAGAUGACACAAAAGCUGGGAUGAGCUGACUCACCUGCCUUGUUGCUCUUAAUUUUUUUUUAUUUGUUUUUUU